AUGAACAAACUAAGUGAGCUUUUAAUUGAUACAGAAGAGAAAUAACCAAACUUCAUUACGUAAUAUUGCAAGCCUCUGAGAAUUCUUGGGAAAGGGGCGUUUUCUACAGUGGUGGAGAUACAGAAUUUGAUGACAAAUAAGAAGGGUGCACUAAAGAUUAUUGAGAAAUCGCAUUUCAAUAUUUUGCAAUUGGAAAUGUUAAAAAAGGAGGUUCAGUUGUUAAAUCAAUUGAAUCAUUAAAAUAUUGUAAGAGUUACAUUUGUAUGAUUGCUUUGUGUUAUUGUAGAGUAAAGAAACCAAAAGUAAAUUAUAUAUAAUGAUGGAUCUCAUCACAGGAGUUACAUUGGAACAAUUUUAAUAAAACAAAUUAGACGAUUAGAUUGUGCACAGCAUAGUGACACAACUGUUACAGGCAAUCAACUAUUUGCACUCCAUGGAUAUUAUUCAUAGAGACAUUAAGCCAGGUAUGUGGAAUAAAUUUUAUUUUAGAGAAUAUCAUGAUUUCCCAGGUGGGUGAAGAUGUCAAACUAACCUUAAUUGAUUUUGGACUCUCAGCUUAAUUGACCUAUCUGGAAGGAUCUGGACUAAUGAGUGACAAUUGCGGGACCUUUUUGUAUAUGGCUCCGGAGUUGAUAUAGAAAAAGAAAUAUAACAGAGUAUGAUCAUUCCCUUAUAUAGCAAGAGUGUGGAUAUAUGGGCAAUGGGUAUUGUGGUAUACAAUCUCUUAACUCAAGGCAAGCAUCCAUUUUACUAGCAUUUAGAUGACAAAGAAUCUUAUUGUGAAAAGAUUUAGUAAAUGAAAUGGAAUUGGCAGAUAGGGAUGAAUAACAAUUCAAUUAAUUUCUUGAUUAGGACAGUGGCUUUCCUGCCUGAAAAUCGUUUGAACAUCACUUAAUGUUUAGAACAUCCUUGGAUUACCGGUAAAGAAAACUCUGCUGAGCCUUUUACCUUCAUAGAAAUCCUUAGGAGUCACAGCAAUUUUCAAAAGAUCAAGUCCUUAAUCCAAGCGAUCCAGUUUCUCCAAUAACUCAAAGUCUUAUGUCCAAAUGUCGAUCAAUUCAAACAUUAAUCAACUCCAGUGGCCAAAACACCAAUUAGGACAAUAAAGAUUCCGAAGGUCAAAUAAUAAUCUAUUUCUCAAACCAAUGAGAAGUUUAGACAAUUGAAAUAGGAAGUGCUCUAAGGAUCUAAUGUUGAUACUGGUUCAGUUGGAUCAAAUAGAAUUUCCUAGUUCAAAAUCUAAACCAUCACUCAAAGAAGAGAAAGAAAUUCAUGUGAUCACUUGUAAAAGUUGCAGUAGCAAAAGGAAUCUUCAAAAUUUCUGUUCCCUCAUUAUCAUAGAUCAUUGGAAAGAAGUGUUAAAUCCAAUCACACUACUAAUACGACAUCUGACAAUUCUUUGAAUCAAUCAUCAAUUCUACAAAAAUCAGGAGUCACAGACGUCAGACAAUCCUUGAAUAAUUUGAAGCCUUUGCAAUAAGUAAGAAUUAACCAUUAUAAAUUCAGUUGAAGAGGACCACCAAUGCGUCAAGAGGAUAGAAUACCCCCAUUUAACAAGAUGUGCUGGCUAGUCAAAGGGUAAGAAUAAGCAAGCCUCCGAUUUAGAAAAAGCCUUUAAACGAUUGA